UCGAGCACGCAAAGAGUGGAAGGGAAUCCGACAAUGGCGAACGAUCAAGCAGCAGCUGCUACUGCUGCAGAAGAAGAGAACACAGCCGCCAACACCAAUCUGAUCAACACAUUCUGCGAAAUCACCUCUUCGUCCAAAGAAGAAGCCCUCUUCUUCCUCGAGAGCCAUAACUUUGACCUCGACGCCGCCGUCUCCACCUACUACGAGACCUCCGUCGCCUCCGCCGACGCCGGCCUCCAGCCCCGGGACCGUCCACCAUCGCUGUCGCCUUCGCCGUCCGCCUCGCCGCCUUCGUCUCCCUCGCGCUCCCGUUCGCCGUCUCCGCCGGCGGCCGCCCGUUACAAUCUCCGCGGCCGGCGAUCGGGCAAGGGGCCCUCCGGGAGCCGGACGGUCGGCGGGGUUCACACGCUGUCCGAUCUGAAUCGGCCGUCGGGAGAUGGCUCUGGUAGUGAUUCUGAUUACGAGCCCCCGGAGUACAACGCCGGUGGCCAGAAGAGUGGAAUGCAUGUCCAAGAUCCGUCUAAAAUCAAUGAUGUGGAUUCAAUUUUCACUGAAGCUAGAGAAGCAGGAGCUGUAGAAGGACCUUUCAAUGACCUUCGACCAUCAUCAAGCUCACGAAGCUUUACUGGAACAGGGAGAUUACUUUCAGGAGAGACUGGGACACCUGCUCCUCAGCAGCCUGAAGUCAUUACACACAAUAUCGUUUUCUGGAGUAAUGGAUUCACAGUGGAUGGUGGUCCAUUGCAAAGAUUGGAUGAUCCAGAGAAUGCACCCUUCUUGGAGAGCAUCAGAAAGUCCGAGUGUCCAAAAGAACUUGAGCCAGCAGAUAAGAGAACUGUAGUCCACGUCAAUCUUACCAGGAAAGAAGAAAAUUGUCCUGUACCAGAGCAGCGAAGUUUACCAUUUCAGGGCAUUGGAAGAACUUUAGGCAGCACUGCAGCUGCGGAGCCAACAGCGUCUACCAAUUCCCUCAAUACUGCUCCACCACCCUCCAUGGGUCUAAUCAUGGAUGACUCCUUACCUUUGACCUCAAUUCAGCUCAGAUUGUCAGAUGGUACACGCAUGGUUUCACGUUUCAACUUCCACCAUACCAUCAGGGAUAUCCGCGCCUUCAUUGAUGCUUCUAGGCCUUCCGGUGCAAGGACCUAUCAACUGCAGACAGUGGGAUUCCCUCCCAAACAACUCACCGAUCUGGACCAGUCAAUCGAACAGGCUGGACUAGCCAAUUCUGUUGUGAUCCAGAGACUCUAGUAAGUCAUCUCCUUGGUCAUAAAUAAGUCACUCCUUGCACAUGAACUAUUGCCUUUAUGCAACAUUUGUGAAAUAGCUUUUGAUUCUCAAAUACCUUUAUAUCAAUCUAUAUUUAUUGAAUCUAGAGAUCAAGCUAUCUGUUUGAAACAGGAAUUUUUCCGAUUGGCACAUGUUUCCUGAGCACGAGAACUCUUGAAUUGCUUCUUUGAGGCUAUUUUGAUACUUUCUUUCUUUUCUAUUUUAUGUUUAUUUUUACAGAGGAAUCAUUCUCAAAUUUUGCUUAAA